CACGGUACGAAACGACUUGCUUCUGCCUUUUUUUCCUUCUUCGAGAUGGAUCCAAUGGCCACCGGCGACAGGUCGGAAAUAUGUUUCUUCGAUUUGGAAACCACCAUCCCACGACGGCGCGGUGAAGGCUUCUCAAUUAUCGAAUUCGGAGCUAUUUUAGUUUGCCCCAAAAGGCUGGUGGAGCUCAAGAGCUUCGCCUCCCUUGUCCGACCCGACGACCUCUCUUCCAUUUCCCUCCACUCCGUUCGCUGCAACGGUAUCUCCGGAAACGACGUCGCUAAAGCACCUUCCUUUUCCGAAAUCGCCGACCAAGUUCACGAUAUCCUCCAAGGAAGGGUGUGGGCGGGUCAUAAUAUAGUGAAGUUUGAUUGCUUGAGGAUAAGGGAAGCUUUCGAGAAGAUUGGUAGGCCGGCGCCGGAGCCUAAGGGAAUUAUUGAUUCAUUGACGUUGUUGUCUCAGAGAUUUGGUAAGAGAGCUGGUAAUAUGAAGAUGGACACCCUUGCAAACUAUUUUGAGCUUGGGAAGCAGAAACACAGGAGCUUGGAUGAUGUCCGCAUGAAUCUUGAAGUUCUCAAGUACUGUGCCACCGUUUUAUUCCUGGAGUCAAGCCUCCCGGAUAUACUAACACCAGAUAUUGUAGUUUCCCCGGGACCUACGACAAGAAGUAGUAUUAAAAGCAAGUUAUCUUUCGAGACACCUAAUCCCGACUUGUGCAUCCUUUCUUCGUGUUCAUCUUCUAAAUAUGUUCCAGCUUUAUCUCCAACAGAUCUUGAAGAUGGUGAACAACAUCAUAUUGUCUCUCUUCUAGCUUGUAACACUGGAGAGGUGAAUUCAGAUGUGACUAGUCCGGCUCAAACUGAUCCUUUUGACAUGUCUCGACUCAAAAACGAAAUAAAAACAGAGGCCUUUAAAUUAGGCGUCACUGAAGAAAAACCCGAGCCACAGUCUCCCGAUGUAACUAGUCCAGCACAACCCGGUCCAUUUGAUACGUCUCUCCUCAAUAACGAAGUAAAAACAGAGGCCCUUGAACUAGAUGUCACAGAAGAAAAACCUGAGCUACAGUCUCCCGAUGUUUCACCGGCAACGGCUGUUGUUGAAGGUUGUAGCGGAUAUGCAGGAUUUCUAGAGCCGAAUGAAGUUUCUAUAACUUCCAUCAGUGCAUCUUCAGUUCCGCAGUAUCGUGGCACUCACCGAAUAAAAUUGUUACACAAGAAUGUUGCUUUGCAGCUCUUUUGUUCUUGUUUAAGAGUGCGAUUUGGAAUCAGUAAAAAGUUUCUCGAUCAGGCAGGUCGGCCACGUUUGAGUUUCAUGGUCGAUACUUCACCGAUCUUAUGUGGCAUUCUGGAUGCCUGCGAUGCUGCUGCAAAGGAAAUUUUCGUCGGUUGUGGAAGCAGUUCUGAUUGGAGGCAUGUCGUGAUCCGAAAUUACAAUUACAUCAACACCCCGACUGCAAGACUGCACAUCCCUACUAUCGUCAACGGUGACACCGCCCAAUAUGGCACGGAGAUACAUCGGAAGGACUACUCCGGUAACGUGAAGAAACUCGAAUUCAAUGAAUUCAACGCCGAUGAACUCAGCAACAUGAUUAGAACAGGAAUCUCCGUGGAUGCAUUUUUCGGCUUGGAUACUUUCGAUUACCAGCAAAGCGCCGGUAUCCGUCUAGUGGCGAAAAAGUUAGUUAUACAUUCUAGUUAGUAGAAUUUAGUUGUCGGGAAGGCGAAUUUAAUCGAGUUUUAGAUUGUUUCCGUACAUGUUACUGUACAUUUUUUUUCUGUUUUAUUUUUUCGUUCGUUGGUUAGACUUGAUGUUGAUACGAUU